AUGAGUCCUACGAUGUUCACUUACGCAAAUGUUCUGACCACGUUGUUCGUUCAGACACCUGGAGACAACAAAAACCCCGGAUCAAACUUCCUUGGAAUGAAUUCGCCAGGCGAUUAUUUUGACUAUUUGAACAACGUUCUUCUUCCUGGAUUGUAUCAAAAUUGGGAAAAACGCUACAACGACGACACGUCAAUCUAUGAAGGGUUCGGAUUUAUAUUUUAUGAAAACAAGCUUCAAGGAGUUCCGAGACUACGCCAAGUUAGAGUCACAAAUCAGUCCUGUUUCAUUCCCGAUGAUUUCAAAAGUCAGAUAAAAUCUUGUUACGCAUCAUAUUCGCAGAAGAGCGUUGACACGGAACCAUUUGGAGUUAAAAAUGGAACAGCAAUUGGCUCCAAUCCUGGCAACUUUUAG